CUAAAAUUAUUUAAAUACAACCUGAAAUGAACAACAACAAUACUUACAUAUUACACAAAUUUUUAUUUAACAAAAAUUAAUCCAAAAUGCAAAAGCAGUGUAUAAAAAACUAUGUGAUUCACAUUCAAAUGGUCUUGUAAAACCACUUUUAGCGAUGAUAACUUCACGUUAUUAUUUCUUGUAUGAUUUUAUCAGUGUCUCAGAUUAUUGUCGAGGAAUUGUGUCCCACUCUUCUUUACAACUUCAUGUUCAUGGAGGUUUGUGGGCAUUCAUUUAUCCACAGCAUGCUUAAGAUCCCUCCACAGUAUUUCAUGGUUGAGGUCUCGACCUUGACUGGGACAUUUCACACCUUGAUUCUUUUCAUUUUCAACCAUUUUGUUGUAGAUUUGCUGGCGUGGUUUUGAUCGUUGCCCACUUGAAUUGCCCAGUUUCAGCUUACCUUUAUCUUUCAGACUGAUGACCUCACAUUCGACCUCAGGUCCUUUGGCUGCAAAACAAGCCCAAAUCACAAUCCACCACUGGGCUUGACAGUUUGUGCUAAAAUGCUAUGUUUGAUUUUGUCUGUCCAAAGAAGGUUUUUAACCCUCCUAAGCCAAGCUGCAAUGUUCUUUUUGGAAUUAAGACGCUUUCUAUUGGCAACUGUUUCAGACAGAUUAUUCUACUGUCAUGAACUUUAACUUUUAACAUGCUAACUGAGGCCUGUAGAGUCUUAUCUCUUAAGUUUUUUGUUUGUUUGUUUUCAGUUUCUCUGAGUAUUUCAUGGUCCGACCAUUGGGUGAAUUUACUGGGACUUCGACUUCUGGGGAAGGCUGGCAAAGGGGCUGGAGAAAAGGAUCGAACUGGUAUAAGCCAUGAAUCAUUCCUGCUGAUGGCCAGCUCCCAGAGCGACAUGGAAGAAUGGGUCAGAGCCAUACGUAGAGCUAUAUGGGCUCCACUUGGUGGAGGUGUCUUUGGGCAGCACCUAGAGGAGACAAUGUUGUAUGAAUCCCAAUGUGGCCCUCAGAGACUAGUCCCUGUGCUGGUUGAGCAGUGUGUAUGCUUCAUCCGUGAAAAUGGACUCAAGGAGGAGGGCCUUUUCAGGGCCCCCGGACAGACCAAUCAUGUUAGAGAACUGCAGGAUGCCUUUGACCGCGGUGAGAAGCCAGUGUUUGACAGUUCCACAGACGUCCACACAGUGGCAUCACUGUUAAAGCUGUACAUACGAGAGCUGCCAGAGCCUAUAAUCCCAUUCUCCAAAUACACACAGUUUCUCUCUUGUGCUCAGCUUCUUACCAAGGAUAAAGAAAUGGGUAUUACAGAGCUCGGCAAACAGGUGAAAUCACUUCCUCAGGUCAACUACAACCUCCUUGAGUACAUCUGCAAGUUUCUGGAUGAGGUGCAGUCUCACUCCAAUGAGAAUAAGAUGAGUGUUCAGAACCUGGCCACUGUGUUUGGACCUAAUAUCCUUCGGCCCAGAGUGGAGGAUCCAGUCACCAUGAUGGAGGGAAGUACGCAGGUGCAGCACCUAAUGACUGUGCUGAUUAGUGAACACUCCCGACUUUACCAACAUGAGGAGCCAGAAACAGAGAUUAAGGUUCCCAUACAGCGCCAGGAGAGCCAAAGGUGCAAGGUGGAAUGGCUUUCACAAGAAGACCCUGACCACCCACAUCCCUCAGGGACAAGCUCCAAAACGCCUAACGAAAAAGCCCAAUCUUCCACUUCUUCUACAGACAUUAAGCUAACAGCAGUGAGCCCUGUUACACUGGACAAGGGUGAGGAAGGUCAGACUGAAGGGAAGAGCAAAAGCAAGACAGAGGAAGACAUCAAGACUGAAGGAAAAGUUGGAAGCGAGGCAGCUGUUAGCCCUAGCAAACAGGCUAAAGCCUUGCCUUCCUGGAGGUCCACCUUCAAGGGCAGUGCAACCUCAGGUGGGCCAAGAGGGAAAAUAGGGGGAUCUGCAGGGGACGUGUCAGCUGCCGGGGGGAGCAACUGGUUAAUGAAUGGCCUGUCAUCCCUCCGAGCCCACAGACGUACCACCUCAUCUGGGGAGAGACUAAAAGACUCAACUCUAUCGCUAAAGGAUUCAACCCUCUCCCUUAAAGAAACUACUCUUAAAGACUCUCACAGAGACUCUGAUGAAGACUCUUCUCGAACAUCCUUGUCUCACAGAGCUCUCCACCAAUCCCACAGACUGUCUGCUUAUGACAACGUGGCCCCCUCCAGUCUAAGUCUACCUGCUGACACUUCAUCCAUCUGGACGUCUUACGAAAUUUCAUUGUCUGAACCAGAAGGGAGCGAUAAAGCAACAAAAUUAGAACCGAGUCAAGAGAGGCCCACACAGUUGAAGGACUGUGCAAAUACUUUGGAUCACAGUCCAAGCUGCAAUGAAGAUGAUGAUCUUGCAGAAACAAAUGAAGAUGCCACAAGCAAGGUGGCCCAGCUCAAGCAGGAACUGAAGAAACAGAGGACGAGCUAUGAAGCCCAUAUCCGCAAGUUGGAGGAGUCCUGUUCCAACUACCAGUCCCAGAUAAACCGCCUCGAGGAGGAGCUAGACCAGGAGAAGAAGAAGUUUCACAUGCUGGAGAUCCGACUCAGGAACUCAGAGCGGGCACAUCAAGAUGCAGAAAAUCGCAACAUUCUCCUUCAGCAAGAGAUGGAGGAAUUCUUCAAAACCCUCGGAGAUCUGACUACAGGAGCAACACGGACCAAAUAGACCAGACCAGCCUGCCUUCAUCUGGUCCAUCAGUGGAGGAGGAGCUCAGUUACUGGGACGCCCAACCAGCCCCAAAGCUUUGAAGACCAAAUACCUCUAGCGCAGUACUAAUUGCCAUCUUUUAGUACAGCUCUCUUGUGCCUACACUGACCAGUGCCGGUGCCAAACAAGAACUCCUCUGGACCAAGCACCUCUUAUUUGUCAUUCCUUGCUGUUAUACACCAUAGGUCAUUUAAUUAGCAAUUGAAAUUUCCUUGUAAGAAACCAGAAAAGGCCUUACUAAAAAUUAUGAGGUAGUGCUUACAUAGAUACGUUAUUGUUGAUGCUGAUAUUCUAGAAAGAAAUGUAAGCUUUCAGUAAAAGAAAGAAUAAUGUGAGACGUUAAAAUUCAACUCUUUUAUUUGCAGGAGUUGAAGGUUGACACUUUCCAUUUUCUGAUGUAUAUAUUUGGUCUGUUAGUGAGGCAAGUGACCUUCCCAAAAGACACCAUGAAAGGUUAACUCGUUGCUGACAGUGUUUGGCCAAUCAGAAGAAUGCGUCGUACCAGUGGUGCUGAAUGGCUCUUUUUUCCCCACAUGUACCUGCACUAAUAUCAGAUUUACUCAGAGGCAAAAUCCUGCUUAGUCUCUUCUAUUGGUUUUAUUUGUAAGGACAAUGAAGGAGGAGCAAAAAAAAAAAAUAAAAAAAUAAAAAAAUUGAAUUGUGGCCAAGAAAGGGUCAGGACAGCGUCACAUUCCCCAAAGUGCAUUUUGGGAGCUGAUGCUAGAGGUUACUGCCUGGAGUGCCCUACCAUGAAAAAAAAAGGCAAAAAAAGGACAUUUUGGGAAUUUGAGCCUCACAAAAAGUUAUCCUGGCAAAAGCAAAUGUCUGUUUCCCGACUCUCUGAAAGCAUAAAUACAGUGCAAUCUACAGUAAAAUGUACAGAUCUGUCACUAACUUUACUAAUCCAUGAACUAUACUGCACAGAAAACAAAAUGCAUAUAAAUAGUGCUUCUGGAUUAAAUGUACAUUACAUACAAUGCAUCCUAGCUUGAAAUAAACAAAUAAAUAAAUAAAUACAGAAAACAAUACAGAAAAAAAUAUAUAUUUUUUUGCAUUUCUUUCAAAAUGAUGUGUGCCAAGAUACUGUUUCUUCACAAACAUGUUUGAAUGAGUGCAUGUGUGAGGUAGAACUCAGAAAGAUGCACCACAGAAGAGAGGAGCAUCUGCGAUGGAAGAGAACUAAAAAUCAUGGGAUUGAGUAAGGGCACUUAAAUUAAAUAUCUUAAAUAUCAGAGAGCUGUAGAUAAUAUCAGACAGUAGGAUAAAGUGACUAAUUUAGACUUGGUGUCUGGUGAUGUCCCCAAAACAGCACUCAUUCUAGCCAGUAGGGUUGUUACAGCGCUCACAGUAAUCAUCGACUCAUUCUACAUUUCUACUCGCUCUCUUUUCAUCCAGCUCUUGCUCAUCCAACAGACCGUCAACUACAAAUUACAUCUAAGUAAAAGAACUAGUCAGAAUACAAUCAGUUUACAGUACGUUAUAGUAACAAAAAAAAAAUUAAACAGUGUCAGGGCAUUGACCGUUAGACUGUUUGCUAUAAAUAUGCUAACUUUGAUGCACCAAGGGGCCCUUUCUACAAGAUGAGGAACAAUAUCAAAAUAAAAUCAUCGGUUUGCAUUAAGAUCCAAGAUGAAGUGUGCUAUAGUUUACUGUUAGACAGAAUUAGUGU